UGUUCCAGCUUUGGCCGAGGUCCGGGCCUGAAGCUGGAAAAUGCUGCCGGCGCGCCAGGAGAGGUCCUCCUCCAGGAAGAGGACCGGGCUGAGUCGCUGGAAACAGUUUACAAGGAAGCCGAGUCCCAAGCCUACUUUUGACGCUGACAAUGUGGAACACUGGAUUAAGAGAGUGGAGAAAGCCUCAGAAUUUGCAGUUUCAAAAGCAUUUUCUGCUGGAAAUUCAGACUUACCUGGAAAGCUUUGGGGCCAAAUCAUAGAUUUGGAAACAUCUGAGCAAACAGAGGAUCAUGAUGAAGUCUAUGCAGAAGCUCAGGAGCUGGUCAAUGACUGGUUAGACACCAAACUUAAGCAAGAACUAGCAAGUGAUGGGGAAGGUGAUGCUGAAGACGCUAUGUCGAGUAUCCCUCCUGUGCCAGAAGCCAAUGGUCAUUUGAAAUAUGACAAGUUUGAUGAUUUAUGUGGCUAUUUGGAGGAAGAAGAAGAAAGUACCACCGUUCAAAAAUUUAUAGACCAUCUGCUCCAUAAAGAUGUGGUAGCUUCUGGGAUGUUGGAAGAUCUUGGAAUGAAUGGAAACCUAGACAAGAAACAGCAGAAGGAUCCUCGUCUUACCAUGGAGAUGAGACAUAAGCAGGUAAAAGAAAAUCGCUUAAGACGUGAGAGAGAACUGGAGCGCCAGAGAAUUGAAAAGACCCUGGAAAAAUCGGCCUUCCUAGAGGCUCAGUAUCUGGUGCAAGAAGAGAAGAAAAGGAAGGCUCUGGAGGCCAAGAGAGAGGAGGAGGAGAUUCAAAGGGAGAUGGUAAAGCUGCGGAGGGAGAUCAUUGACAGGAGACGCACAGUGGAAGAAGCAUGGAAAACAGAGAAGAAAAAGCAAGAAGAAAAUUCUCAAAAAAAUCCGGAAAAAGGCAUGUUUCAAAGUGUUCAUAUUCUUCAGGAUGAAGAAAAAAUGGCAAAGGAAAGAAAGAAGAAACUGAAAGAGUUAUUAAUCCAAACUUACAAGGAAGAUCACCAGUGUCAAAAACGGUAUUUCUCUGCCUGGCACAAGCUGAUUCUUGAUCACAGGAUUAAGCUGGGGAAAGCUGGGACCCUGUCCGACUGGAAGCUUCAACUAAAGGUUCUGCGGGCCUGGAGAGACUACACAAGAUCCCGGAAGUUGGAGCGGGAGACACAAGCCAUGGAAAAUGACCUCAGGGAAGAAAACAGAAAACAACAACUGGCCACUGAGUAUAACCGGAAACAAGUUCUCCAACACUGCUUUACGGAAUGGCAGCAUUGGCAUCGUGCAGAGAUCCUAAAGAGAGAGCUGGCUCUGACAAAGGAGGAAACCAGGAAGAAAAUCAAUGAGCUGCUGAAGGCGGCAUCGCUAGGGAAACUCAGUGCAAACAGGUCAUCAGGCAUCAGUCUACCUGAGGAGGCACCAGCUAUGGUGGAUCCACCUGCAAAAAAUGGAGAGGUGACUGCCGUGCCCGCUUUGUGGGAAAAGCUUCCCUCAGGCAGCAGUGGUUUUAUGCCCAGCCCCCACCUAGGAAGACGAACAAAGAGCAACUUGCAGGUUCCCCUCCAGAAUGUCCCUCUGAACACAUCUGACAAUAAGCAGCAUAAAACCCUGAAUGUGGAACCCUCCAAACAACCUGGCAGCAACAAGAAGCUCAGAACUACCAGCCAGAAAGCAGCACCCAUUUGCUUGGGUCAUUUCCACACCCGCCAUGUCUUCCAGCAACAGCUGAUUGAAAGGCAAAAGAAGAAACUUCAAGAACAGCAGAAAACAAUUCUGGAGCUAAAGAAAAACCAGCGGCUAGCGGAGGCUCGGUUGACAGCAGAGCGUGCCGCGGCAGUCACGGAUGCACAGAGCCGCCAGCUGUCAAACCCCAGAGAAGAAGAACCAAAAAGAACCUGCCAGGUGCUUCCAAAUUCGCCUGUUGCUUCCUCUGGGACUGAAGGUAGUAGAAGUGACUCCCGAAAUUCUCUUUCUGGACCCAGAAGGAACCCAAGGCAGCUGAUGGCACCCCAUCCCAUACUAAAAGCCAUGGAAGAGAGAGCAGUUCAGCGAGCUGAACGUAGGCGCAUCUUGACAGAGAGGAAGAAAAAACAAGAAGAAGAGAAAUUGGCCCAGUUAAAGGCCCAAGAGGAGGAGCGUCAGAAGAGGGAGGCAGAAGAAAAGGAGGCUCAGCUUGAGAAAAAACGAGAAGAGAAGAGACUGAAGAAACUGAAGGAACUAGAGAAGCAGAAGAGAAUUAAGAGGAACCAGCAGCUGGAAGCAAUAGCCAAAGAACAUUAUGAAAGGGUCUUGCUAAGAAAAAAAGGUCUGGAGCCUUGGAAGAGGUUGAGAAUGCAAAGCAAGCAAAACAUCCAGGUGGCCGAAGAACAUCACUCUUUGGCCCUACAGAGGAAAUGCCUGCUGACCUGGUUCCGGUUUAGUCAGGAAAGCCUGGCUGGGAAGACGGCCCAGGCUGAUCAACUUUAUUCCCAAAUGUUGCUUAGGAGAGUCAUCCGGAGCUGGGCGCAGUACCUGACCGAUCUGGCGGAAGAAGUACAAAAACUAUGGGUACAUUUUCUUCAGAAGAAGAUUUUCAGGGCCUGGUUUAACCUGGUCAAGGAGGCCAAGAUGGAUGCUCAGAGCAAGCACGAGACUGCAGUGGAGCACAGUGACAGGAGGAUUCUCCGGAUCACAUUUCAGACAUGGAAGAAGUUUGUAAAAUUUAUGAAAGAGGAAAGAGUCAAAGAAGAAAGGCGAGAGCAACUCCGGAGGAAGGUAGCUGAAAUUCUUCCAGACUUCCAGCUGCUCGCCCCACCGUGACUCAGUCGUACCAGCAGUCAUAUACUCGGCCCUUGUGUAAGAGGAGUCCUGGGUGUGCAGUGAGCACGGACCAGUGCAGUGUGUAUGAUGGGACUCUCGAUUGGUCCAUAAUAUGUGUGUUAUCUCCACCCACCUAGACGUGCAUAUCCCUGGUUUAUGUUCUGUCAUAUACUUCUCGGAUCAAAGGAAUUAUUUGGAGAAUUUGUACUUCCUUUUUUGAUUUCUCUUGGAUUGCUGCUCAGUUCACUAGAGCAUUUAUCACAGCGGGAUCAUCCAAAGGAACAGUCUAGAGCUCUACUGUUCCAGUGUAUCCUAUGUAUUUUUAGCCUCGUAAACUUUAAAAAGGACAAGUGUUUGCUUGCCUGAGGCUGUGAAGGAAAAUAUGUGUCCUCAGAGCUCAAUGUGCAUUGCUGACAAAUGUAACUUUAAUCAAAUAGAAAUGAAAAGUAGUGAGUACUUACAAAAGGAGUCCUAAGUGGUCAGUCUUCUAGUCCCUCAGCCUCUGCCAGACCCCAACCUUGGUGUCCACUGCUGAUGGAAAACCACGGAUCAAAAGGUACAGUGCACAGCUGCUGAAAGGGAUGCAGCACGGCCUGGUCUCAGAGAAACUGCAGCACCAGAGACCCUCCUCCUCAGUGCACCUGACAAGCAGGAAGGGGUCCCAAAAGCUAAUGACUGUCCAAGGCAGUCCAGCAAUUCGCUAAAAUGUCAGCCCAUGCUCCCAGUCGCAGCUUCUAAACAAUACACUCCAUCUGUCUGUCUUCAUGUGCUCAGCUCAGUGUGAUCUACAUAUUGAGGUACUUAUCUUGAAUUCAAAGAAUGUUUCAAUCUUUAAGGUGUUAAAGACUGACAGACAAAAUGCUCCCUUCUGUGAAUUGUCUCAGAGAAUUAGCUGCUAGAAAAAAAAAUUUUCAUUACAAAAUACAUGUUUAUUACAACAAAUUCAAGUAGCCGACGAGUGCACCCUGCAAAAUGAGAAAGUCCGUUGCAGCCCUGAGGUAACUACUAUUAUUUGGGAAGUUGAAAAUUUGAGUUGGUGAAAUAAAAUUCUGUGUGUUGUUGUUCAGUAAAUUCUGUUAUUGUCUCUUACUUCCCAGAAGGGCUAUCCAGCUACACCACCUGCAAAAUGACUUACAUCCUUCUUCUGUGGAAGAUGUGUGAUGAUUUAUUCAGAUAUGACAAAACAAACACCCUAAUGGAACUUCAUUCCUCUACAGUGUUCCUGUCCCCACACGUUUUUCCUCUAAUAUAAUUAUACAGUUGUCACCUAAAAACUCUUUUUAAGGGCCGGCCCUGUGGCUUAGUGGUUAAGUGCGUGCGCUCUGCUGCUGGCGGCCUGGGUUCGGAUCCCGGGCGCGCACUGACGCACCGCUUCUCCGGCCAUGCUGAGGCCGCGUCCCACAUACAGCAGCUAGCUAGAAGGAUGUGCAGC